GAUUGAUUGAUAAGAAAUAAGCUAUAAAAAUCAUGAAUUAGAUUUUAGAAUUUUAUGGACAAUUAUUGAACCAAAUAUGUAACAUACUUAUAUUUUAUAAAAUUGUGCCUUUCGAUAAAUAGGGUAGUGUUCUUUUUUUGAGUCUGUCAUAGCGGCAAUGGCUGCAAUAUUAGGUGGUGGUCUAGGGGGACUUUCUACUGGAUAUUAUUUGUUGAAAAAUAAUGUCUGUAACAAUAAUAAUGUGAAACUGUUUUUAUUAGAAGCUACAAACCAAUGUGGAGGAUGGGUUAAAACAAUAAGAACUAAAGAUUAUUUAUUUGAACAGGGACCUAGAACUAUUCGUCCCAAAGGUAUGCCAGGUCUUAAUACUUUGAAUAUGAUGCAGGAUCUAGGCCUUAGUGAGCACAUAGCUCCUAUCAGAUCAGAUCAUCCUGCCGCUAAAAAUAGAAUGAUUUAUGUUAAUAAUACUUUACACAUGCUUCCAUCAAGCUUCAGAGGUAUCUUUCAGAGAAAUGAACCAUUCUCUAAACCACUUAUUUAUGCAGCAUUCAAUGACUGGAAACAGCCACAAAAAGAGAUGAAAGAUGAUUCAAUUUACAAUUUUGUUGAGCGCAGAUUUGGUAAAGAAUUGGCAGAUUAUGCCAUAUCUCCCAUGAUAUGUGGCAUUUGUGCUGGAGAUGCAAAAGAGAUUUCAGUUAAAUUUCUAAUGAAAACUUUAUUUGAACAUGAACAAAAUCAUGGUGGAGUCAUGAAAGGAUUGAUGAAGUCAAUGUUUACAGGUAAUUUAACUGAAGAGCUUGAACUCACAGAGUUAGCUAAAUCUGCUAAAGAAGAGAAGUGGAGUGUCUACACUAUAAAGGGUGGACUCGAGACAUUCCCACUAACACUUAAGAAUUAUUUGACUGAUAAUAAUGUGGCCAUGCAUUUUAACACUUCAGUUAAAGAAAUAGAAUUUAUUGAUUCCAGUGUGGUGAACUUAAAGAAAGAUAAUGGAGAAGUACUAACUGCAAACCACAUAUACUCAACAGUGCCUGCUCAUGUAUUAGCAAGAUUGGUUGAAAAACAACACCCUAAACUGUCAACUUAUUUAAAUGAAAUUCCAUUUGUAACUGUUGGAAUUGUUAAUUUAUAUUUUGAUACUGACAAAUCUCUUAUAACACCAGCAUUUGGGUUCUUAGUACCACCAAUAGAGAAUAGGUCUAUAUUGGGUGUUGUGUUCGAUUCUUGUUGCAUUCCAGAUCAAAAGGGUACUGUACUGACAGUUAUGUUAGGCGGGAGAUGGUUCCAUGAAAAAUUUGGAGAAAAUCCAGCUGAAAGUAAGUUAUUAGAGGUUGCUUUAAGAGAAAUAAAAGCAAUAUUAAAAAUAGAUGAGAAACCGACUGCAUACAAUGUAAGUAUCUUGAAGAGAUGCAUCCCGCAGUAUGUGGUGGGUCAUUAUGACAGAGUUGAUAGUAUAAGAGAAUACAUUGAGAACAAUAACUUGCCCAUUUCACUGGUUGGCAGCAGUUAUGAUGGUGUUGGUGUUAAUGAUGUUAUUUUUUCUGCCAAAACACAAGUUGGUGAAGUAUGUACAACAUGAAAUGUGCCAUUGUUAAGUAGGUAUGACUGGCUGUGUUAUGGUGAUUGGAAUAUAUUUGUGUUUUACACAUCAAUGUUUAUUUGACAUAAAUUAUAAUAUAUAUUUAAGGGCCAUAUGUUACUACUGUGAUCUGUUUUAGUGUAAUAAAUUUUUUACAUUGUUACAUUAUUAAUCAUAAUACCCCACAUAGAAAACAGUGUAAAAUUAUAAUUAUGUACAAAAUAUAAAUAAUUUACAUUGCAGAA